AUUUUAGGUUUUUGUUUGAGGGAAGCAUAUCGGGUUUAUAAAAUUCGGACAAAUUUUAACGAAACUGCUCAGAAUGAGAAUCAUAAAAUUUGUGACAAUCAUAAAAUAUGUGGGAAUCAUAAAACAAUCGGUUUGACAAUCAAUCAGUUGAAACUAUUUGACAACAUUGGCACAAAACAACACAGGAGACACGCAAAAAAAAAACAAACAAAUUCGUCAUCGUCGCUGGAGUUUGGGCCUUGGAAAAUGGCAAACAAUCCGACAAAGUCCCUCCACCAGGCCGAGUUUGGUCUCCAGACCACCAGCGAUUUAUCCAAAUUAAGCAGUAUAAGUGGCACGAGCCUAGAAGCGAUGCCAAGAUUUACUAUUCCGCAGCUAAAAAUUCCACAGCUGAGAAUUCCAAAAUUGCAGUUGCAGACGAAUGCGGAUGCCGCUGCCGAGCAGGAAUACCGGCGAGCGGCGGAGGCACACAAUCAAAUGCUACUCAACGAGAUCCAGUUGAGGCAACGCCAGCGAUCGGAGGGCGAAAACAAGCCGCAAUCAAUGGGAUUUGUGAUACCCCAACUGGUCGCGAUGCCCAGGGCGCCCCUGAACAUACCCCUGCUGACGAAGUUGGAGCACGGCAUGAAGAAGCUGGAAAUAGGCGAUGGGACAGAGAUGAAUACAGCCACGCCAGCACCUCCACUAAUUGACCUCACGUCCACGAUUAUCGAAAGGCAUAAAGACGCACCGCCCAAGGAGCUGGCCAGCAAGGCACGCCAGUUGUCCAGUCGUGAGCAUUUUAAGAUACCCUUCAUUGCCUCCGAUCGAGGAAGAAGGAGCACGACCGGCGUAACUCUCUUGGCCAACAAAAGAUCCAUCAAGUACGACGAAGACGAGCUGGCCGAUCGGUCACCAGCGAAUAGCGACUACCGGGAGCAACCGGGACCCAUUGGGCUCAUGCUGGACGCAAUGGUGGGCUAUCCGGAGCCGAGGAAGCCCCGUCUGGUGUACGCCGUCACUCCGCUGGAACGGCAACACCUGCGGAUGUGCCAGCAUAAGGAUUACGGCAUCCAGGUGAAGAGAUUCCGCUUUGAUACUCCCUCGCCGGAUGAGCUCGUCAAGCAGGCGCUGCAAAAGUCCUGGCGCAUCUCCCGUACUUGACUUCAGUUCAUCCUGGUAGUUGACAAUUACCAAUAAGUAAAUUCAAAGUAAAAACUCCACUACGUUCAAAAAGAAAA